AUGGGAGGGCUUCCCCAGACCGCAGGCCUUUGCCGAGGCUGGUGGCACCUCCCGGGGGGGUGCCCUGUCCCCCCAGGCAGCACUUCCAGCCGCACGGAGUGGGUGCCCUCCCGCCCUCCCCCAGGGCUGAGCCAGGAGGCAGAGGGCGCUCGGGCUCCCCGUGUGCGCACAGCCUCCACGGCGGAGCAGGUCAGCGCCCUGGCGCGCUCCUCCCGGCACCGCCGCUGCCUGGGCCCGCUGGAGCACCAGAGGCUGGCCCGGGAGGUGCAGCUCCCCGAAGUUCAGAUCAAAACCUGGUUUCAGAAUCGCCGCGUGAAACACAAACGCCACCUGCAGGGCUCCCAGCUGAGCGCGCCCUUCCCCACAGCACUCCGUGCCCCUGGCGCUCUGCCCCCCCCACCCUCUGCCCUGGGCUGCGGCCUGCAGCUGCUGUGCCCAUGGGCAUCCUUGCCUGGGCCCCCAGCUCUGGCCCAGCCUCUGGGCUCCUUCUGGGGUCCCUGCCGAGCGGAACCAGCCUCCCUGGCUUCCAUGUGGGCCUCGUACGGCAGACAGCCCCCCAGACGCCGGGAGCCCGGUGCACACGCUGAGCCCAGCUUUGCCCUGGGGAGCCUGGCGCCUGUGCGCCCCGCCAGAGACCCGGGAUUGCGCCACCAGGGAGGCCCCCGGGAUGCCUUUUCAGGACGUGUGGCUGCCCAGGAGCCCGCAGCUGAGGCCGGUCAGACGCUGGGCCUCCGUGCAGAGCUGCGCCUGGCGUCCCUGCAGAGGCACGGCGAUCCCCUGGCUGUGCCCCCGGAGCAGGAGAGAGAGGGCCCCUCCCUGCCGGAGGCGCGCCUGGAAGCCGCCUCACCGCUGGAGGAAAGAGCCAGGGGUGCAAACUUUCCGGAGGGUUCCGACACGGCACUCAAAGGGUGUCUGCGCCACAUGGGUGACAGCGGGCGAGCCGGGGCGUGGGGAUGA